AUGAACCGUAGUUCGACGGUUAAAUCGAUGAAACGAGGUAAAGUUGUGUGCGACAAUGCGACAGAUGGAUUCUCAGAGAUGGAGGAUUGCGUUGGUGACUCCAUCAUGGGUUCGAAAUUCAUCGAUAUCUGGCAUGGAGAGGAAGUAGUCAGCAAGCCGACGAAUACGAGGCUACAAUACCCGCACCAACAACAGCAGCAGCACCAAUUAAAUAAUGCGGUUGUUGCUAGUACGGUGAAGGCGAUAGCGGAAGAGAAUAAUAUUGAGACUCUUGUCUUCAAGCCACCGAAGCGGAUAGCGUCGAGCAGCGAUGAAGGAAGUGAUGAAGGGAGCAUCGCCAGUGAUGAUAGUAACAACGACGUUCCCUGGAUAAGGCCGGCAUUGGAUAUCGAGAUUCGAAAACAGCAUUCACCAUAUAUAGUCGAUCUGGUAGCCAAGGUCGUGCGUCAAGCGCCCGGGUUAUUCGUGCAGGGUCAAUCAUUCUUCAUUCAUCCUCAAGUAUACGGCAACUCUCUACCACGGCCGGUUCGUGAUAUACAUGCGUUAUGUGCAUUGUAUGAGAACGACAAGGACUACCAAUUAUCUCCUGUCAAACUGUCGACACUACUCCAACGACAAAUCGUUUCAUUAAUACAGACCGCAAAAAAGACAACCGACUUUGAAGAACUAGUGGCAUGUGUCCAGGCACUCACCUUGGCGCAAUGUUUGCAACUAUCAGAGGGAAAUAUUCGCAGCCCUGCAGUUGAGAAAUCGCUUGAUAUUUUGGCUGCUCUCGCACAUAGAAUGUGGUCCUUGGUACCCUGUGAAUUACCAAGUAGCAUGUCACCCUGGCAUGCUUGGAUGUUUGGCGAAACCGUUCGUCGUACAAUCGUCUUCUCGCAUCUCGUCAUCGCUGCAUUCCAAUUUUUAACUCGUGGUUACGCAUGUCGUACACCAUUCAUUGAUGCCCUACCUUUCGAUGGUCGUACAUAUCUCUGGGAUGCACGAUCAGAGCAAGAUUGGGCCAAGUAUAGUACACAAAGUGAUUUUCCCAUGGUCUCUGUGAUUGAAUAUGCCGAUCUGCUACAGUCUGGUCGAGCUCUGUGUUUUUCGUCUUUUGAAGGUUUGAUUAUUGCGACGUGUCGGGGAUUGGAUUUGCCGAUUCAUGAUCCGGCCAAAGUCAUGCAGAUGUGAUAAUUUAUUCUGUUAACAUUUGUUGCAUGGAGAUAUAUGUCAUUCGUUGUAUAUAUGUUUGGUUGGAGGUAUCAUUCAUUAGCAUGAUUACUUUUCAUUUGUACAUCAUUUGUAUGUUUCAUGCAUAGGGAUUAUUAUUUGAUCAGGCUUUACGUCUAUAUCGACCACUGUAGGUUUUGAGUUAAUCAAGUCGAGUAUUUCAUAG